CACGGCCGGCGGCGGUGCGGCAGCAGCUUCGAGGAGCCGGGGUUGCGGCGGCCAGGACGCCCGCCCAAGCGACCCCCGCCGCCGGCCACACAUGAGCUUGGUCGAGAAGGGCGUCCACACCCGCCGGUGCUCGAGAUCUGGCGGAUGGAGGGCUGCAGCGGCGGCGGGAUCGAUCUUGGUCGUCACUCCAACCUCGCAGAGCUCCGUGAUCGCGGAGAACCGAUCCAUGGGGGCGUCGGGGAAGUGGAUCAAGACGCUGGUGGGGCUCAAGCCGGCGACCGCAGCGGAGAAGCACGGCAAGGGGCGCAAGUGGAGCCGGCUGUGGCGGAGCUCCUCCGGCGGGCAGGGCCAGCGGGGCGCCGCGUCGGCGGCGGCCUCCGAGGUCUCCGAGACCUCGUCCUCCGCCGCCACCGACGCGCUCAGCUCCGUCGUCGCGGCCGUCGUGCGCGCCAUGCCCAGGGACUUCCGCGUCAUCCGCCACGAGUGGGCCGCGCUCCGCAUCCAGACCGCCUUCCGAGGAUUCCUGGCCAGGCGGGCGCUGAGGGCGCUGCGCGGGAUAGUGCGGCCGCGUCGUGCGAAAGCAGCUCGCAGUCACAGUCAAGUGCAUGCAGGCGCUCGUGAGGGUGCAGGCGCGGGCCAGGGACAGGCGCACGCGCCUCUCCGCGGACGGCCGAGACUUCUCACAGGGCGGCGACGCGCUCGACGAACGCGCCACACACGCGGAUCCAGUCAAGGACGCAGAGCCGCUAUUCCAGUAAAGGAUUCGAUGUGCUAAAACAAUAAUGUGGAGAUAAGUCAUAUGUCUGAUGGAAAAUAUAGCUAUAGCUAUUUUUUGUUUGUUUUAUCAGUAUCAUUUUAGGCUUCAGUUAGCUGAAAAAGAUAAUACAACGAGCAAUUUUCUACCAUGUGAUUAUAGCAUUGAUGUCAUAAUGAGCAGGAUGUCUCUUGUGUACUAUGAAGAAUGCUACUUAUAUACUUGAUUUCUUCGAUUUCAGUGGUGGUAUGCUUAUCAUUUCUCCUUAUCAUUUCAGGCUUCGGCAACGACGAGCAUGGCCAAGCUAGACACCAGAAGAGUAUUGCAUACUCAGCUACUCCAAUCGUUUGGGUCUUUGGGGAUGGUGGACUCGAUUGCUGAAUCAAUGGUGCCAUGUCAUGCCCCCUAUAUUACCUUUGCCCAAAUCAAAGUGCAUAUAUUUCCACGAGUUAUAGGGGGCAUGGCUGGGACGGUGAUGGAGGAGCAGUGACGAGCCAAAUGGCCAUGGCGCCGCUCGCUGGAGCACAUCAACAUCUCGUCGCUCGUCAAUAUUACUUAUCCAUGUGAUGACAUGCCCUCGCUCGCUAAUCUGGAGCUUCAACCAUCUCAUGGAGGACGCCGUCU